UGCUACAAUGUCCUGUUCAGAAGAGCACGGAGGACAUUACGAAGAGGAAGAUGAAGAUCAGGGAGAGGAAGAUUUUCCCUGCUCCCCCGGGCGUCAUGGUGAAGAAGAACGACCCAAAUACAAGCCCGUGGUCACACAGCUUGCUGCACCAAAAAUCCCAGAGGGGGAACGAGUUGACUUUGAUGACAUUCACCGCAAAAGGAUGGAGAAAGACCUCCUGGAGCUGCAGACUCUGAUUGAUGUCCACUUUGAGCAGAGGAAGAAAGAGGAAGAGGAGCUGAUAGCACUGAAAGAAAGAAUUGAGAACCGGCGUGCGGAGAGAGCCGAGCAGCAGCGCGUGAGGGCUGAGAAAGAGCGGGACAGACAAACACGGAUCGCUGAGGAGAGGCAAAGAAAGGAGGAUGAGGAGGCGAAAAAGAGGGCCGAGGAUGAGGCCAAGAAGAAGAAGGUGCUCUCCAACAUGGGGGCUCAUUUCGGAGGGUUCCUUGCCAAGGCAGAGCUAAAACGAGGCAAAAGGCAAACCGCGAGAGAAAUCAAGAAGAAGACUCUGGCAGACAGACGCAAACCCCUGGCUAUAGACAACCUGAGAGAAGAUGGCCUGAGAGAGAGAGCUGAGGAGAUGUGGGAAUGGAUCUACCAGCUGGAGUCAGAGAAGUUUGACCUAACUGAGAGGAUGAAGAGGCAGAAGUAUGAGAUCAAUGUCCUCCUCAACAGAAUCCAGCAUGCUCAGAAAUUCAAAAAGGUCCACGGUAAGGGGAAGGUUGGAGGCCGCUGG